UUCCACAAUCUCUCUACUCCCUGUCUCGACUGUCUUCACAAUCGGCAUGCCUCUGCUCUUCCUCUGUUUUCUUCUACAGUUUUCAUCUCUCCUUCCGGCGUCGUCUGCGGCGGCUACAGGUGGCGAUGCCCGCAGUGGCGACAGCAUAGUCUUCACCACCCUCGGAAGGUCCUACUACACCUUCGAUAUCUUCACCCUACCGGCUGACGGCAACAGCUACCCUUCUACAGAAAUCCAAGUCACCGACGGCCAAUCCGUCAAUUUCAAUGGCCAUUUCCCUUCCGCGUCGCCAUCUCCUUCCCUAAUAUCUCUUUUAACGAACCAAUCACAGUUCUUAAGGCCGGAUUUGGAAGUCGUCUAUGUCACAGAGAGAAACGGAAUCUCCAAAAUCUUCUACGAUGUUAUUUUCGGCGGUACUGGAAUUAGCGCUAGACGACGGUCGGAGCUGGAAAUUCCUCAUCGACUGCAAAUUUCCCUUUUGGAUGAUGAACAGGAAAACGAAGUUAGGGUUUCUUUCAAAGAUCGGCCGAGUUUAAGUGGCGAUUAUUUGGUGUACGUGUCGACUCACGAUGACCCUGGUAAGUCCAGAACGAGUUGGGCGGCCGUGUACUCAAAAAAUUUGAAAUCGGGUAUAACUCGGCGAUUGACGCCCUAUGGACUCGCCGAUUUUAGCCCUUCUGUUUCGCCUUCUGGAAUUUGGACGGCUGUGGCUUCUUACGGCGAGAAUGGUUGGGCUGGUGAGGUGGAAGAACUAAGUACUGAUUUAUACAUCUUUCUAACUCGCGACGGAAGUCGCCGAGUUAAGGUUGUCGAACACGGUGGCUGGCCGUGUUGGGGCGAUGAUUCAACUCUGUAUUUUCACCGGAGAGGCGAUGAUCAGUGGCUGAGUAUAUACAAAGCAAUUCUACCGAGUCAUGGAGAAAUUUCUCCUGAUUCAGUGAAAAUCGAACGACUCACUCCACCUGGUUUGCACGUCUUCACUCCGGCCACUUCACCGACUAACAAAAACCUCAUCGCCGUUGCAACGAGAAGACCCGAUUCAUCUUUUCGCCACAUAGAGCUGUUCAACCUCGUCACCGGAGAGUUCAAGGAGCUGACAAAAAAGGUUUCGCCUAAUUCUCACCAUUUUAAUCCGUUCAUCUCCGCCGACGGGACUCGUAUCGGUUACCACAAAUGCAGAGGGGAGGGCGAUGGAAGAAAAAGCAACCCCCUAUUCUUCGAGAACGUUCGUAGCCCUGUUUCUAAUUUAUCCUUAUUUCGAUUCAUCGGUUCUUUUCCCUCUUUUUCGCCCACCGGUGACCGUAUAGCCUACGCAAACUUCCCGGGAUUAUACGUCAUCAAUCCGGACGGUUCGAACAAACGGGAGGUUUUCUCGGGCGCGGCGUUCUCCACAGCGUGGGAUCCAGUGCGAGAAGGUGUAGUGUACACCAGCGCCGGUCCCGAUUUUGCGCCAGUGAGUUCUGAAGUCGACAUCAUUUCAAUCAACGUUGAUGACGACGAGAGAAAUAUCAAGAAGCUGACGACGAAAGGUGAAAACAAUGCCUUCCCAUCGCCGUCACCCGACGGGAAAUGGAUCGUUUUCCGGUCGGGUAGAACCGGGUACAAGAACCUGUACAUAAUGGAUGCCAUCGACGGUGAGAGCAAAGGGCUUCACCAGCUUACGGAGGGACAAUGGACAGAUACGAUGUGUAGUUGGUCGCCGGACGGCGAUUGGAUCGCAUUUUCAUCGGACCGGGACAAUCCCGGUGGCGGUAGUUUCGAUCUGUUCUUGAUCCACCCGAACGGAACCGGGUUGAGGAAGCUGUUUCAAAGCGGGUCGGCGGGUCGGGCGAACCACCCGAAUUGGAGUCCGUACGGGAAGGUUCUAGUGUUCACUACGGACAAUGCGGGGAUAUCUGCGGAGCCAAUAUCGAACCCACAUCACUAUCAACCCUACGGUGAGAUCUACACUAUCAAAAUGGACGGCUCAGAUCUUCAUAGGCUGACUCAUAACUCCUACGAGGAUGGGACCCCCACGUGGAGUCCACGUUACAUCAGCCCCGUAAACGUGGAGAGUUUAUAUGAUGAGGAACCAUGUGGCUUUGAAGAUUGUCACUGGCUUAAACAAAAGAAGAAGGCCCAUAAUGAUAUUAGGCCCGUCUUGACUGGGCCUCGAUGCAGUCCAUAAAAUAUCAACUGGGCCCUCCACAAACCCAAAGUCCAUCUCCUCUAAAGGUGGUAAAUUUGGAAUGUACUACUGUGUUAUAUAUAUUAUAUAAUUGAAAGAAGAUAUUGGUACGUAAAUAAGGGUUGUACUUUCUACCUCCAUGUUUUUGUAUAUAAUAAAGAAAUGUUAAGAUA